AAAGAAUCAGAAGUUGUGCAGUACAGUAUUGAAAAACAGUGGAGCGAGUUUGAAGAGUUGAGGUUAAAAGUUGCCGGAAUCUUCCAUGGUACAUCGCUGCCUGCUCUUAACAAGAUCUCAAUCAUCGUCAAUGAUCAAGUCCUUCGACAGAGACGCAACAACCUUGACCAGCUGAUGAAGUUCAUGGCAUCAGUUCCUAGACUGGCUACAUGUGUUCCAUUGUUGGAGUUUUUGGGAGUGGAUCCAGGAAGGGCUAAGAGAUUUACUCAGAGUGAGCCAUCGGAGAAAAGCACAGCAAAAAGUGCAAGCAAUGACACCAAUGAGGAGAACAGAGAAGCAGAUGACUCUGAAGUUUAUGUUUUUGAAGAUAAUGCUAAUGACCAGGCAGACAGUGAUCUUUUUGAUGAAGAAGUUGAUAAUAUUGAUGAAGCUAUCUUUGGAACUGAGCCCAUUAGAGCUCAGGUGAGCAUGUUUGAGCAGCAGGACAUGAAGGCAGAAAUCACGGAGGAGGAUGAGAAAGAUUUUGGCUUUAUACCCGAUGCUAUAAUUUCCAAGAAGGAGAUUGUUCGAAUCAUUACAGAUGACACUGAAGCUAACUCUGAUUUGUUAACAAUUGAAGAUGAUCUGGAUAAACUGAUGACCAUUGAUGUUAGCAAACAAGGAAAACAGCCUCGACUGAAAGAAGGGAAACCAUUAUCAUCACCGCCACCAUCAUCAGUUGUUAAACCAAACAUCUCAGCCAAACCUUCUCCGGCACCAAAACCUGCUGCCAGACCAAGCUUUGACAAGAAACCUGAGGAUUCCAACCUCCCCCAUGCAGAAGCAGCAGCUAAACCUGCUGUUGCUGACAAGCCAAAGCCUGGACACAAACCUCGGACAAGUGUUAGUCAGACUUCGGCCAAACUUCAUUCGAGUGUUGGUAUCCAGCAAAGUAGUGUAGAAAGCACUCCUAAUAAACAGUCAGUUCCCCUCAAAGCAGAUAUGACAGGGAGAUCCACACAAUCUGAUAGUGUGGGCACAUUUGAUCAGGAUGACAUACUAAAAUAUUUAAAUGAAAAUGCGUCUGCUGCUGAUGAUGUUGACCUAUUUUCAUAA